AAAUUUGACACUAGCUAGCACUUGUUGUGUUUAUGUCUGUACGAUACAUCCAAUUCGCAUUCAUGGUGAUUUUAUAGUCGUACAUGUGACUUUAUUCUAUAAUAUAUCUAGAAAACACAGAAUAUCUGAAAUGAAUCAGAAAUCGAUUAUUGAGUGCUGUAAGGAGCUGGGCUGUUGCGACGCGUGCUGCCUUAGGUUUCUAGGACUGAAAAGCCCGGCAGCUUACGAAAACCCAAAACAAUACGUCAUUAACGCCCUAGGCAAGCAGGGGGCGUCUGUCAGCCCAGCGCUUGUUGUGCAAGUGGAAACAGUGCCAGCCUGCAAUCAGACAGAGCCAGCAGCCACCGCGCCCGGCGCUGUUAGUGAGCCACCCCAUGCUGCCAGUGAGCCAUCUCCAGCUCCCAGUGAGCCAUCCCCAGCUCCCAGUGAGCUAUCCCCAGCUACCAGUGAACCAACCCCAGAUGUCAGUGAGCCAUCCCCAGCUGCCAGUGAACCAACCCCAGGUGCCAGUGAGCCACCGGAUGAUGCCAAUGAGCCGCCUAACAAGAAAAUGAAGGUGGACGGUGUCUGCACAACCUGUCUGGGACUACUGCAACAAGAGAACUGGCCUCAGUGCAAUGCCAUGGUCAAAACAAUGCUGGAUAAGAAAAGGUACGAGUGCGAGACGUUCGCGUGCGCGCUGUCCGCGCCCGUCGCCGCCCUGCUGCGCGAGCGCGUCGUGGCGCUGCGUCUGCGCGACGCCUGCGCCAACUACGACGACGGUGCGCUGACGCCGCUGAAGGAGGCGUGGAAGUGGUCGUUCGGCGCGCAGCUGGCGCGGCACGUGGGGCUGGCGCUGGACUCGGGCGCCGUGUCGCCGCUGCUGGUCACGCUGCACAUGGAGUACCUGGAGGAGGCGGGCGAGCUGGAGGCGCUGCGGCGCGUGGCGCCGGAGCUGUUCGCGCGGCGCUCGGCGUCGCAGCGCUUCGCGGUGGAGUUCACGCGGCGCGCGGUGGAGCAGGCGCUGGCGGGCGCGUCGCUGGCGGCGCUGCGCGCGGCGGGCUGCGCGGCGCCGGCGGCCGCCUCGCGCGCGGUGUGCGCGGCCGUGUCGGCGCAGCACGCGCCGCUGUACCUGGGCGGGCGCUACGUGAAGCUGAGCCGCACGCUGCCGCAGACGCCGUGGCUGGUGAACGGGCGCCGCAUGCUGCACUCGUCGGUGCAGGAGCUCAUCUGCGCGCCCAUCGCGGCGCUGUACCGGCUGGACGCGGAGGACGCCGAGCACCGCCUCAAGUUCAUGUCGGCGGGCCGCGAGGACGUCGACGUGCGCUGCCUCGGCGACGGACGACCCUUCGCGAUAGAGAUCACGGACCCGACGCGGCAGCCGAGCGAGGCGGAGCUGCAGCAGCUGUGCGCGCAGAUCUCCGCCGGCGGGCAGGUGCUGGUCCGCCGCCUCGUGCCCGUCUCCCGCGAGCACCUCGCGCUGCUCAAGAAGGGCGAGGAGACCAAGUGCAAGACGUACGAGGCGCUGUGCAUCAAGCUGUCGCACGCGGCCGACGAGCAGCUGCCGGCCGCCGCGCCCGUGCGCGUCACCGAGCGCGACCUGCAGCGCGUCAACGCGUACAGCAACUGCGCCGGCGCCCGCGUGCUGCUGCAGCAGCGCACGCCCAUCCGCGUGCUGCACCGCCGCCCGCUGCACGUGCGCCCGCGCCGCAUCCUCGCGCUCAGCGCGCACGCCGUGCCCGCGCAGCCGCAGCUGCUGCUGCUGCGGCUCCGCACCGACGCCGGCCUCUACGUCAAGGAGUGGGCGCACGGCGAGCUGGGCCGCACGCGCCCCGCGCUGGCCGACGCGCUGCAAGCCCGCGUCGACAUCCUGGCGCUCGACGUGGCCGAGGUGGACCUGGCCUGGCCCUAGCGCUCAAUAAACGCCUGCCUGACA